AUGAGUAGUAAGCAGAGCAAGCAGGUGCUGCAGUGCGCGGGAUCUCUGUCGCCACCCAAAGGCCAGAAACCUCCGAGGAUGCCCAAGUGCUCCCGCUGUAGGAACCACGGCUAUGUGUCUCCUCUAAAGGGACACAAAAGAUUUUGCAACUGGAGGGAUUGCCAGUGUCCAAAAUGCAAGCUUAUAGCGGAGAGACAGAGAGUAAUGGCGGCCCAGGUCGCCCUGAGACGGCAGCAGACUCAGGAAGAGGAGCUUGGGAUUUGUAGUCCGGUAGCUCUGACUGGUCCCGAGGUGAUGGUGAAGAAUGAAGCUGGAGCAGACUGCCUGUUCUCUCUGGAGGGACGGUCCGCGACACCUACCAGCACCUCCACUUCUUCUCUUGCAGGAAGUCGUUCAGCAUUGUCCCCCAGCCCGUCAGCCGGGGCCCGGGCUCAUUCUGAGGGAUCAUCCGACCUGCUGCUGGAAACUUCCUAUUACAACUUCUACCAGCCUUCACGCUACCCCGCCUACUACGGCAACCUCUACAACUACCAGCAAUACCAGAUGCCUCAUGGUGAUGGCCGCCUGGCUAACCACAACAUGUCCUCUCAGUACCGCAUGCACUCCUACUACCCAGCAACCACCUACCUGAGUCAGGGUCUGGGAUCCACCACCUGUGUGCCGCCCAUCUUCAGCCUGGACGACAACAACAACAACAACAACAACAACUGCUCUGAGACCAUGGCAGCCUCCUUCUCCCCCAGCAGCAUCACCACCAGUCACAACUCCACCAUGACCUGCAGGUCCAUCAGCACCCUGGUUAACGCUGACGUCAACGCGUGUGAGGUCGGCAGCGAGACGCCGAACUUCACUGUCGACUCCAUCAUCGAUGGGGACGCCGACAAAUAAAAGAAGCUAAGGAUGAUAUUAAAAAGCAAAAUGAGAUCAGUUGAGCAAAAAACGUCAUAGUUCAGUGUUGCAGCAGGUUUCUGUGUUUCUGUCCAGGAGCUAUAUUCCACUACCGUAGCUGAUAAUACAGAUUGUUUAUGUAUUUUAGUUCAUUUUAAGCCUCAAAGCUGUUACAUCUUUUAUUGAAGCCUCUUCAAAAUCUGAGAAGCACUGUUAAGAGUUUCUAAAGAUGAUUUUAAAAUGACUCGGUUAGCAGUAAUCAGAAUUGGACCAAAUAAUUCAAACUAGACGGUGACUUGUGUAUUUGUAAGGGUUCGUAUUUAUUUUUCCUCUUUGGAAAUCAACUGUUAGUGCAGAGUAAAGAUCCAAAAGAUAAAGUGUCUCAACAUGCAGAAUAAUGAUAUUCAAAUCCUUUUCUAGCUUACUGUAAAAGGUACUCGUGUGGUUUUCACACAGCAUCAGCCAUGAAGUGUUUCCAUGAGUUAGAUAUUAGUGGACUAGCUAUUGACAAUCAGAAUACAGACUUAGUGUUUGAAGAUUUAUUUUUUUAAACGGAAAAUCUGUAAUCAAACACUCCAAAUUUGGCCCAAUGGAGCGAGUGCGUGCCUUAGUUCUUUGUAAUAUUUCCCUGGUUGACGUGCAACAAUACGUUGUUAUUGUUAUUAUUCAGUUGGUAUUAGUUUCAUAUGUUUGUCAUCUUUUGAAAUCUGUUUUGUGUUCCAUGAAACCAGUAGACAAAGCUGAGCCCAUCCUUCCCAGUAAGCACUGAUUUGGUGAUUUACUGGUCAAAAGAUGUCGAGGUUAAAUAGUAACUUAACAUUAGGCUGAAAAGCAGCGUUCGCUUCCCUCUUUGGUGGAAAGUUUCAAGUGUGUUUCACCUGUGAGCGCUCCCAACAGUGAUGUCAUGGUGACACUUUACACUUUACAUCACGGCAGCCCGGUGAGACAUGAAACCACCGGAGGUCAGCGGAAUAAAGACUUUCAGGGAGUGUUAAGUUACAUAAGUAGUUGUUUGAAGAGCAUUUAAACGGCUAUACUGUGUUUCAAUAUGUUAGAGCUUUUCUUAUAAAUAUAUAAUAAUUGUCAUUAAGAUUUUGUAAAGAUUAUAGCCCAACAAUACUGGACUUUAGAGGCUGAAGUGUCGAUAUUUUAGAGUUAAAACUGAGACAUCAGAUGUUUUUCAUAGACACAUUUUAAACAUUUUUGAUUCCUUAAAUAAGAAUUAUAUGAAUUUGUGACCAAGAUAAAGUAUUUUAUCAGACAUUAAAUAAACUAAUCAAAUCUAAAUGACAAACAUCUCUAUGGCAUUUCUGAACAGCAAUUUCCUUUUGCCCUAAACACCGAUAUCAUAAUAAUA